AUGACCACCCUCCUGGAUCAAACACUUCAACUUCACGAUGAGUCCUAUUACUGGGGUGAGAUGCUGGGGUCAAUCUGGUACAGUGGUCUGUAUGCUGUUCAAAAAUCUCCAGAGCAACUCUGCCAGUGGACGAAGGAUGUAUGCAUCGCUCAAACCUACCAAGGAACUCCAUCCAUCACUGCCAGGUGGUCUCGAUUUUACCAGAUUGCGCGCCAAAGUGCUUGGGGACUCGGAGGACACUCCAUACGCGCCCAUUUGCUGUCCCCAAUAAGAUCAUCCCGGGCUGAAAUGCGACAGAAACGAGACUUGCUUAUGAAAAUGAAAGACCUCCAUACGAGCAGCCUUGGCCUUCUAAUGGAGGGAUGGCAUCUUUUCGAAGCGAAUGACUCCUCGACUUUAAACUCUGGGGCUAUCAGCACCCAAUGGUGCGAUGCAGUUUACAGAGCAGUGGUCCUAAUCGAAGCCAUCUUUCAUCAUAUAGCACUUGAGCCUAGCACCCACGAAUUGGAACAGGGAGUAUUCGCCACACUAGAGGGGGGUGUUGACAGCAUUGAAAUGCACACACGAGGGGAGAACCCGGUGCAUAAGCCUUUGGAUUUGAUCGAGCGACUUAUGCAUGUUCUUCGAGAGAAGUUGCCAAACCAUACCACGUCAAUGUCAUUAUUCAUUCGUCGCCACGGGCGCCCCUCAUCCAUAGUCCGCUAUUGGUUACCAGUCUCGGCCGCUCUCCUUUCAGGAAGUGCAUCAAUGAGGUUUUUGGCCAACCGACAAGAGGAAAUCACCCAGUCGAUUGUCGAUAUCGGUUCCACCACUAUCGAUUUCUGGGGUAACUGGGUCGUGCAUCCAAUCCGAAAACUCAUUGGGACGAUCAGACAUGAUGAAAAAAGCGAGAUUGCGAUCAUGAGCAAGAAUAGCCUGCUGGCUGAUCGGGCGAGUCUAGAGAGAAUGGUAGUGGAUUUUGUCCGCGAUCGCCCGGAUCUUCACCAGGGUGUGGUGGCGGAUACCACCGCCAUCGUUAAUUCUGUCAAGGAGGGUGACUUAACUCCCGUUCUGAAAGCAUAUGAAAGGGACCUGCGGUCGCCAUUUGUUGGAACCGUUAGAGGUGAUCUCGUCCGUGCUCUUUUAAUACAGAUUCAGAAGACGAAGGUCGACGUGGAAAUUGCCAUCAGUGGUAUCGAUGCUUUGCUGAAGAGCCAGGAGCUUGUAUUUGGGUUCGUUGGGUUGACUCCUGGGAUCUUGGUUUCCUUUGCAACUAUGAGGUGGCUAGGUGGUCUUCUCGGCAGCCGACGAGGAUUGCGAAAGGGCAAGCAGCGACAUAAACUAAGACGUGGAUUACGGAAUGUGGCUCGCAUUUUGACCUCUUCUGCGGUUUUAUCCAAUGGGACUAUCGCUUACAAGGACUCUGGACAAUUGAUCUGCGAGGCAGAGGCUCUCCUUCAGCAUGUGAGGAUAAUUUCUGGAAGCAUGCAGUACGAAGAGUUCCGAGAAGACAUCCAAGAUCUCUUGAAUGUCCAGAACGGAGUGGACAAGCAACUUCGCGUGAUCGAAAGAAUGAGAUGGGCGUAUUUCCAAUAG